AUGGGCCCUAUGGAAAGUGAGCUUCUGGCUGCGAUUCACCAUUGUUCCUCGCCGUAUCUUCUGCAGCGAGUUCCCACAGUCAAUUCAGUUUACGCCCAAAUAGACUACUACGAGACCAUGGGUCGUGUGAUAUCUCCCUUCAACCCAGAGAUACAAUUUGCCUGCCUGCCCCUGAUUGCUCGGCUCGGUGAUGACCAAGUCCUCUACGACACAGUGAUUUGUCUAUGUCGACACGGAGAGAUUGACGGAUGUGUCCUCAAUGCUGAUGUUUGCGGUCCGAUUAAUUUCCUCGUGCAGGCCCUUAACUUUAGCUUUCGGGGCCAAGUGACGAUUGACAUGGUACUUGCAAUGGUUUUCUUGAAGAUCAAGCUACUGCUUGAUCUGAUUCGUCUCAAAGAAGCCACAUUGGCGCUCACCCCCAAGCUCCCACGGGAAAUAGUGGAUGAAAUCCUGGAGUACAUUCCAAGAAGUGGUGCGGUUCUUGCAAAUCCAACCCUCAUGCGAAGCAUGGAUCUCUCUUUGGAUAUCGCCAAGCUGGAGAACCAGGUUGACUUUUUGUUCAAAGAUGUUCACCGUCAGAACCCAUACUUCUGGCCAAAAUUGGUCUCCCAUAAUGCGGAUGACCCUGUUAUUGACAAGCCUAGAGUGAACGAGUUGACGAAUAUUCCGUUAUUGAACGCCCGGAGCCUUUUCUCACACCAUGCGUAUCACUGGUUUCAAACGCCUGGCGCCGUCGACAUGAUCAGAGAGAAAUAUUUCGCGGCCGGGUGUCAUACUCAUACCAGCCGGUAG